GAAGAGGUCAACAUGGACUCUUCUGAUGAAUGUUCUAAUGGUUGUGAUCACAAUCAUCAGACAGAAGACUACAAAAUGCUUGAAGGUACCAAUGCUGUGGAUUCUCAGGUUCAGAGUUGGCAUUUCAUGGAUGAAGACUUCGGCAGCGGCGUUCAAGAUUCCAUGAAUUCUAGUGACUCCAUAUCUGAAGCUUUUGUUAAUCAAGGAAAGGCUCACUCUUUUGCUGAACGCGAGAAUGUGAACCAUAUCCAUUUAAAGGAACUUCAAAACUUCAAUGACGCAAAACUAAGUUCUUUGUAUCUUGGAUCUGUUGAUGAACAUGUACACUACAAAAGAACUCUUUCUACUCUUCUAGGAAGCUCAAUGAGGCUGAUUGAAAAUCCAUGUUUUUGCGACGGAGAGAGCAAAUCCAGUUUUGUGAAAUGGAAGAAAGAAGUUGUUCGUAGUUGUAGGUCAACAGGACAUCAGAAGACAUUAAAGAAGAUUUUGUUCACAGUUCCUUUAAUGUAUGGUGUUCGCUCUCGUAUGGCAACCGGUAAAGAAAAUACGGGAAAAGAUUUGCUCCCAAAUUUGCAAGGUGACGAUAUUAACAGGGAACAUGAAAAAAGGAGAGAGAACGAAAAAUUGUUGGUCCUCAGGUCGAUGGUUCCUUCUAUCACUGAGGUUGAUAUCCUUGAUGAUACGAUCAAGUACUUGAAAGAGCUUGAGGCACGAGCAGAAGAGAUGGAAUCCUGCAUGGACACCGUGGAAGCUAUUUCUAGAGGGAAAUUCCUGAACAGGGUAGAGAAGACAUCAGAUAACUAUGAUAAAACAAAGAUGAACAAUGUGAAAAAGUCUUUAGUAAAGAAGAGAAAGGCCUGUGACAUUGACAAAACUGACCCCUAUCCCAAUAUGCUUGUUUCCGGAGAAAGCUUGCCACUAGAUGUGAAAGUGUGCGUAAACGAGCAAGAGGUUCUGAUAGAGAUGAGAUGCCCUUACCGGGAAUAUAUCUUGCUUGAUAUAAUGGAUGCCAUUAACAAUCUGUACUUAGAUGCACACUCGGUCCAAUCAUCCAUCCUUGACGGUGUUCUCAUGUUGAGCCUUAAAUCAAAGUUUCGAGGAGCGGCGAUUUCACCAGUGGGGAUGAUUAAGCAGGCGCUUUGGAAAAUUGCUGGUAAGUGCUGAGAAGCCGGACAAAGCUAAUGUUGUAGUUGUAGGAUUUCUAUGCAGGAAGAGUAAUGUAGCUGCUUGAUGAAAAAUCUGUAGCAGUAACUGGGGCUGU